GCCCGGAUCAAUAGUCAUUGCUUCUUAGGAUCCAAAUAUGGUGCUCUCUCUGCGGACAACGCCCGACGGCGUUGAAGACUCAACGGAUCGCAUCGAACCCGAAACCGGCGACUAUAUCCCCGACUUCGCCGCGAGAGAAGUCCUAAUUACAGGACUGGAUCAAAUCAGGCGGUCCAGGAUACCCGUUCGUUACUUCACACCUAUCGCGACUGCAAUCUUGAUGAUUGCGCCCGUGGAGAUACUCCAAGACUUGCUUCAGUCCUGUAAGGAGGCACCCGACGUCUUUUUUGACGGUGUCAUGGUGAGAUUGAACAGAGAUGGCCUCGCGGCAAUUCAGAGCUAUGCCCUAGGAAACCGAAUGGUCACCUUUCCCAGCAUUUUUGAAGAUAAUCCAACACCUUGCAUCCUUACGGGAAGAUCAAGAUAUGUGAGUACUAUGCGCCUUUUCCCUCGUAUGGAAAACGGCCAGCAUGAAAUCCAUCGUCUCCAAUCGAUCCUAGAGGCGUUUUGGGGAGAAAAGGCUGCCUCAUGGAUAGCCACAUUCACCAAUCCCGACUUCGUGGAGUCUCCGCAGAACCACAUCUCACUAAGCUGCACAUUUCACGACCUAGGUCGCGAUACACGCUUUGCCUUUAAGCCUCUUCGAAGUGCUGACCCCAACGAAAUGCGACUUCAGCUUCACUGGUUGAAGCCCUCGCCAUUCCGGUUCUUCAAUUCCUAUUUUUACGAAAACCCCAUCCAGUACGCUGGCAUGAACGCUGAGAACACCAAGACGUGGGGUGACAGGUUUGCGGAUGAGGAAGAGUUCAAGACGGGGCAUGUCUUCACCAUACGCGCCGAAAACCCAGCUGAUCUCCCAGAUUGGGAUAUGCUAGAGCUGCAGUGGGAUCUUCUCCGAGUUGCAGCAAUCGCUGGCGCUAGAUCGUCUGCUCUGGAUGACGGGACGGACUGGCAUGACUGGAGCAACGAGGAUGACGGCGAUGACGAGGAUGUCGAACCCUUCCAGCUCGACCAAGAGCAACGGAUCUCGGACGAUGAUGAUUCUUGAGACGAGAGACAUGAAGAUAUCGAGGAGAUUGCUGAUUGGCAUGCUGGCCAGGAGAAAGACACGGCGUUCAAGUUGAGAACUGUAUCACCGACUUUGAUAAACGAGAAGCCAUCCUUAUGGAACGUAUUUGCUGAGGUGGCGUUACGGAAGUUACCCCUGCUUUCCCUGGGUAGUACUCUUGCACUUUAUGAUAGUUGCGCCUUUCCAAA